GCUUCUUCGCUACUCGACUCCGCUUUACUCAGCAGGGAUCUUCGAGUCCCCCCAACUCCCAAACCUCGCCUCGUCGGACUCCGCUGUCUCCGCACGAACUCUCCCUCCCAAUCGCCGCCGCAAAAGUACCCAAUCCAGGGGUUCUCAUCCGUCCGGGAGCCACUCGGUGUUGUGUUCGAGGAGUGACCUCGAUUUCGAUUGCUUAUGGAGAAUUCGGCGGCUCCGUCGGAUCCUUCUCCCGAGGCGUCGCCGCAAGGAGGCCGCGACCGAGAGUCAUCUGACCAGGAUGGAAACAUCAAAGGAGAGAUUUCAACGGCUCAUCAUUCUCGGCGGCCAAACCUUACCACUUUGCAGAUACCUGCAAGAACCUUGGAAAUUCCAUUGCCUUCUGCAAGAUCAAAUGUUUUGUCCAGUCCUGGUUCAGUAAGAGCAGGCUUGCCACCCAGGCCUAGUUCAACAAGGGCAAAAUCAUCCAUCAGAAGUCUUUUCCCACAAAGGAGUCUUAAGACCAAAAACUCUACUCCAGAGGGUGAUAGAACAGUUCUCCUGAUUCCUCGAACACCUUCUUCAGAAGGACCACAAGAACAGGCAUCAACAUCAAGGCAGUUCUUUAUUACCAAGGUCUUACCCUCUACCAAGGCCUUGUCCUCUGGUUCAACCAAUAGAACACACUCUUUACCUGUGACACCAGUUGCCAAUUGUGGUCCAUCAGCUGUGCAGGAAAGACAUGCGAUUGACCUCUCCAAUCUGCAAAAAAGCGAUGUGCAGACACAAAUCAGACGUUCAUUUUCCGUUCCUGGGAAUGCCAAGAAUGGAAGUUUACGGAGAAUGGAUUCAAUAGGUCUUGUCCGAGUUAUUUCAGCAACCCCUCAUCCUGUCGCUGUAGACAAUGCCAUUGAAAAUGAUGAUAUAGAGGCAGUUAACGUAACUGAAGAUGAAGGUCAAGAUAUUCCGGAAGAAGAGGCAGUCUGCCGGAUAUGUUUUGUCGAACUUGCAGAAGGGGGAGAAACUCUUAAAAUGGAAUGUAGCUGCAAAGGAGAACUUGCACUUGCACACCAAGAAUGUGCUAUAAAAUGGUUUAGCAUCAAGGGAAAUAAGACAUGUGAUGUGUGCAAGCAGGAAGUGCGAAACCUCCCUGUGACAUUGCUCAGACUACAGAAUCGUCAGACUGUUAAUAGGCGCCAGCCAAAUGCAACUCAGCGACAAGAAGCUGCUCCCUACCGGGUAUGGCAGGAUGUCCCUGUUCUUGUCAUGGUCAGCAUGCUUGCCUAUUUCUGCUUCUUGGAGCAACUUCUAGUUACUGAAAUGGGCUCACGUGCUCUUGCUAUAUCUUUGCCUUUUUCUUGUGUUCUCGGUCUCCUUUCUUCCAUGAUUGCUUCAACAAUGGUUACAGUGAGCAAGAGCUACAUUUGGGCUUAUGCAUCUUUCCAGUUUGCAAUUGUAAUCCUCUUUGCUCAUAUCUUUUAUAACGUGCUAAGAGUAAGCCCCGUUCUCUCAGUGUUACUUUCCUCAUUCACUGGGUUUGGAAUUGCAAUCAGUACAAAUGCAUCACUUGUUGAGUAUUUAAGAUGGAGGGCUAGGCGGAAUUUACGUUUGGCACAGCAACAAAGUGACAAUAGGCAGCAGCAAGAAUCCAGAAACCUACCCGAAGUUGAAAAUGGAGGUAAUGUUAGGCAGCAUGAAUCAGAGAACCAGAUCCAGAAUCCUGACCCUUCUCAACAAGGAUGAAAUCAUUUAUCAUACUUUUGAGGAAAAAAUGGCCAUGGCAGCUGAAGCUUGGUUGGUCUUCAUCUCCGUAUUGCCAGUUACUUCCGAAGCAUGACAUGCGAAUUGCCAACAAACUUCCUAGAUGCUUAAAAUGCUCCUCUUGGCAUGCUUUGGCUAAAUUUGUGAUAAAUGUUACAGGAAAAACUGUGCAACGAGGACUAUAAGUCUUCCACCUUUACUACUCGGCUAAGGAUGAGUACAUUAAAAUGUGCAAGGACCUGUGUCUCCAAAUACUAAUUCUGUGUCCUCCAUACAUCAUCGAUGAGUAGAUUAAAAUGAGCAAGGAGGAGCCAUGUCUCCAAGUACUAAUUCUGUGUAUUCCAUACUUCCUCCAGUUCAGAUGAGAAUAUUGUUCUACCAAAAUGGUUACAGAUGCAUGCAAUAAAUGGAUGUUUAUGUACUAGAUGUCAAUUUGUACUCCUAUGAAGAGAUGAAAACAUGAGAUGGCUGUGUGGAAUGUAAUUUGUUACCCAUUACACAUCUCUUUUAAAGUGGUUUCUGUUGACAAAUGCUUAGAUGAAUAUUAA